ACAGACACUCCCAAACCCCAAAACCCAGGCGCCUCCUGGGCCUUUCCUAGGUUGGGCUGCUCCAGGAAGUUUCCGUGAAAGCACCUGAAAUACUAAGUUACCUUCGCGAGGAGAACUCGAGUGAGAUAAAAUCGUGCGCCCACGCAGGUGAGUUUGUAGCCAAGAAAUUUGGGCUCUGCUGGGAGGAGAAAGGGAAGUUGAGAAAGUCUUUGGACCUGGUAGCCUGGUGCUCUUUCUCAUGGCUUCACCCAGCCGCCCGAGCAGUGACUGCUCCCAUAUCAUUGAUCACAGUCAUGUCCCCGAGUUUGAGGUGGCCACCUGGAUCAAAAUCACCCUUAUCCUGGUGUACCUGGUCAUCUUCGUGAUGGGCCUUCUGGGGAACAGCGUCACCAUUCGAGUCACCCAGGUGCUGCAGAAGAAAGGAUACUUGCAGAAGGAGGUGACGGACCACAUGGUGAGUUUGGCUUGCUCGGACAUCUUGGUGUUCCUCAUCGGCAUGCCCAUGGAGUUCUACAGCAUCAUCUGGAACCCCCUGACCACGUCCAGCUACACCCUGUCCUGCAAGCUGCACACUUUCCUCUUCGAGGCCUGCAGCUACGCUACGCUGCUGCACGUGCUGACGCUCAGCUUUGAGCGCUACAUCGCCAUCUGUCACCCCUUCAGGUACAAGGCUGUGUCGGGAUCUUGCCAGGUGAAGCUGCUGAUUGGCUUCGUCUGGGUCACCUCCGCCCUGGUGGCACUGCCUGUGCUGUUUGUCAUGGGUACUGAGUAUCCCCUGGUGAACGUGCCCAGCCACCGGGGUCUCACUUGCAACCGCUCCAGCACACGCCCCCACGAGCAGCCCGAGACCUCCAAUAUGUCCAUCUGUACCAACCUCUCCAGCCGCUGGACCUUGUUCCAGUCCAGCAUCUUCGGCGCCUUUGUGGUCUACCUCGUGGUCCUGCUCUCCGUAGCCUUCAUGUGCUGGAACAUGAUGCAGGUGCUCAUGAAAAGCCAGAAAAGCCCGCUGGCCGGGGGCGCGCAGCGGCUGCAGCUGAGGAAGUCCGAGAGUGAAGAGAGCAGGACCGCCAGGAGGCAGACCAUCAUCUUCCUGAGGCUGAUUGUGGUGACAUUGGCCGUAUGCUGGAUGCCCAACCAGAUUCGGAGGAUCAUGGCUGCGGCCAAACCCAAGCACGACUGGACGAGGUCCUACUUCCGGGCGUACAUGAUCCUCCUCCCCUUCUCCGAGACGUUCUUCUACCUCAGCUCGGUCAUCAACCCGCUCCUGUACACGGUGUCCUCGCAGCAGUUUCGGCGGGUGUUCGUGCAGGUGCUGUGCUGCCGCCUGUCGCUGCAGCACGCCAACCACGAGAAGCGCCUGCGCGCCCACGCGCACUCCACCACCGACAGCGCCCGCUUUGUGCAGCGCCCGCUGCUCUUCGCGUCCCGGCGCCAGUCCUCUGCAAGGAGAACUAACAAGGUUUUCUUAAGCACUUUUCAGAGCGAGGCCGAGCCCCAGUCUAAGUCCCAGCCAUUGAGUCUCGAGUCACUUGAGCCCAACUCAGGCACAAAACCAGCCAAUUCUGCUGCAGAGAAUGGUUUUCAGGAGCAUGAAGUUUGAAUGUCAAGCGACGGAGCCUGGAGUGGGAACUGGCCCUCCAGCCUCAAGAAAACGUCACUCUCACUCUGCAGUCUCAAAAUAAACUAUGCCCCCAUCAGGGAUGGAAUGGACACUGGAGGCUUUGCAAAAGGCAGAUGCCCACCUCAGUGACUUCUAAGGACUGACUCUGCCAGCCUGGCCUUGACUCUGGUUACACAGACAUGGGGGUGAACUUUCACUCCACCUCCUUUCUUCAAGUACAUACUGAAAAUCAGUCAGACUGAAUGUAUUCAGAAUGCUUUACACCGAGCUCUUUCAUUAUUUGCACAGGAACAAAAAAGAACACGGACUCCCGCUCCCUACCCUUACCCAGAAUUAAAGGACACCCAGAAGAAACUCAGGGAGGUGGGGGGGUGGAGAACGAUGCAGGAGGGGGUGGCAUCUCCUUCAGCUUCAGCAGUGUGCCAAGAAGAGGGCUAAUUUGAGGAGCAGGAUGGUGGUGGGGAGCCCUGGCCUGAGGGCUGAGGCAGAACUUCCCCUUUUCUUGGGCCUUGGCCCGUUGCAAAGAGGGGUGUUGCAGCAGCUGAUGCAAACUGAGUUCAGUUUCCCUGGGGAGCAGAAGGACUGGUACCCGGCAGAGGCGAUGAGACAGGCCGCUGAUGAUGCACAGGACUUGCGGUACAUGAUCCCUGUAACAAACACAGACCCAAAGGAGCUGAGUUAACGUGCACUGGCAAAAGGACAGCUGUCCCUCUCAGCCCAAAUCCAAACGGACAGCUCUUCCUUACUCCUCCCACAGACCACUGGGUGAGGUCAGGGAAGUGCUUCGGAUUGUCUCAUUGAUACUCAAAACACAUAAGAUAGACGGUGAAAGAGACAGGCACUAUUUCAUUAGUUUUAACGAAACUGUUGCAAAAGCGAUUUGAGAUGCCAAUACCUGUGAAUACCUGCUAAUAUAGAGCUGUUAAACAGACUUACAUUUUAAGUCAGAGUUGACACUGUGUACGAGACACAGCUUUUUAUUUACUUUUUUUUUUAUUCAAACUGUCUCAUGCCAGUGAGGACCACAAGCAGUGCUUCUACGUUUUAUCUCAUUUUGCUUUAUAAGCGGCCACAGAGCGAUGGCUCUCAACUAUGUUGAUGAAAGCCUGGAGUUCUUUGAAGACAGACCAAAUCUCAAAGGGAAAUAUUUCCCUACUGAAGGGGUCCUGAGUUUUCCAUGGGAUUUAGUGAAGGGGAACCUGGCUGACCGUGUGUCCUUCACAGUCUUAUUCUAAGGAGAGAUGCUCUGUCCUCAGGACACAUGGUCAUCUGCCAAGCUAGUACCAUGCAGCUAGCACUCAAUGACACACACUGGGUGCAAAAAAGAGCUUCCCAAGAAGACUAGGGGGGGCCUGUCUCUCUCAAGGAGCAUGUGUGUCCUGUCAAGCUGUAGUAUAGUCAUCAAAUUAGGGUGUCUUAAUCAUAAAGGUGGAAGUUUAUUCAAUUCAAAUAAUACUAGCUAAACUUAUUUAAGGGCUUCCCUGUCUCCCAGGCACUAUUCAGACACCCUUAGUGUGUCAGCUUCUUCACUACCCCAAACAAACCUACAAGGGAGGCCCUCAGGAUGAUUACACCAAUUUUACAGAUGCGAAGCCUCAGGGCUAGAGAGAUUUAGUAACUUGCCCAAGGUCACACGAACAGGAAGUGGAGCAGCUGGGAUUUGAACCCAGCAUUCUGGCUGCAUGCUGUCAAGACGCUGUUACUGUAUAGCAGCAAAUUGGAUUGCCAAUUAACCACAAAAAUAGUGGGGAUUUUUUUAGGGGGAGCGGGUUUACUCUGAAGAUAGCUUUUGUUGUGUAGGUGUGUGGCUUUUUUUUUUUUUUUUGAGACAGAGUCUCGCUCUGUUGCCCAGGCUGGAGUGCAGUGGUGCCAUCUCGGCUCACACCACUCUCCUGCCUUAGCCUCCCAAGUAGCUGGGACUACAGGUGACCACCACCACGCCCGGCUAAUUAAUUUUUUGUAGUUUUAGUAGAGAUGGGGUUUCAUUGUGUUAGCCAGGAUGGUCUCGAUCUCCUGACCUUGUGAUUGAUUCUCCCGCCUCAGCCUCCCAAAGUGCUGGGAUUACAGGCAUGAGCCACCACGCCUGGCCAUAUGUGGCUAUUUUAUACCAAUGAAUUAUUUUUUUGGACAGAUAGUACUUAUUACUAAAGCUAGACUUAGAAUUAACAGAUCUUAAUCCUGUUUGCUGCCUUGCACAGCUGAGGGAUACAGCAUCCCACUAGGAGCCAGGGCUCCUCACGCACUCAUUUCCUGCAGCGGUGUGGGCGGGUGUGGGCAAGUGUGGUUUUGGUUUUGGCUCCCUCCUCCUUGAGAAUUGCCACUUUGGGUGCUGUAGAAACAGUAAAGAAUGAAACUGCCUGAAACUUCCAAGUGGGAGGUAAAGAAGUACUUUAGAUUUACCUUAAAACAUGCAAUUUUAUGUCAUUUUUUCCCCUCUAAGUGCAUGUUUGUAGGGAUUGAUUUUCUAAGACCAUUACAAAAUCCUGGAAGGCAGCUGCUCUGGUAAGAUAAAGCCGAAGUACAGAGGAUGCCUGUAUCUAUGUGUGGGAGGCACUGUUUGAUUUCUAAGGAAUACACUUCAGGGAAUUGCCCAUUUAUAGAUUUCCCAUAGUCUCUACAUUUGCCAUCCAUGGCCCUUUUUAGGAAAUCAUUCUACUCUUUUUAAGUAUGAAAAAUACUAACUAACUAACUGGCAUUUAUUUGCCACUUCUACUACAAUGAACUUUUUUUAAGUAAGUGAAUUUUUAAACUUUAAAAAAAAUAUUUGUUUUUCUCUGUAAAAAAGUUCAGUCAGUAAGGCGAAAAUGGGCCCUGAAUAUCCCUGCCUGUUCAGGCCCUCCGCCGUGUUCCCCUAGAGGCAGAUGCUGUCAUCAGUGUGGCAUGCCUUCUUCCAGGCUGGUUUCUGUACAUUUACAUAUGUGCCCAUGGAGAAAUAAAGUCCGUGUGUUUGCACACAUUUGUUAAUAGUUU